AUGAACGAAAGUCUACUCAACAUGGAUAUAGAUGCGGCGGAGAAGCACGCGAAGGACUGGUUCGGUGACCAUGCAUCAUGGAGUCACGAACAGCUGCUAAAUCUCGUCUAUGAGGAGGAUCUUAUAACGGUGCGACAUGUGCAGUCAUGGGGCUUCUAUGCUAUGGGUGGCCUUCGACCUGGUGGUGGCCGCCCGUCUUUCCCACUCUUGACGCAAGAAGAAUGGGGCCUUCUGAAUAGUCCAUACAGCCAAUGGGCUCCUGCACCGUAUAACAGGCUGAACCAGAGUUGUAUGGACCGCAUCGCACCGCUAAUAAUGAGGCAAGAGAUCAAAGAACUCAAAGACUCGCCACACGUUGGUUUCCUUGCACGUCUACGUCCCCUCAAAGCAAAGCUUUUGCUUGGUAUGGUGCCGAUCAGCGGAGACCGCUGGUUGGAGCGUAAGAUGGAUGACCCUGCCAAUUACCGGAAUCUCUUCGAAUCGAUCAAAGACAUCAACUACAUAUUCGACUGGUACAACCAUGACGAGGUUCAAAACCGGACACGCGACGCUUUCAACUGGAUGGUGGAUAAGUAUGUCGAAUUCGAGCAGGCAGCUAACCUUCGGCGCGAAAAUAACGACAUUAAAGAGAAACUUGACCUUGCAGGCAUGUGGGCGGAAUACUGGAACGAUAUGAUGACAAAUAUGUCGGAACGGACGCAUCAAUGGGUUAUUGAUCGCGUCGACGACGUCCAAGCGCGUGCUUUCGCGCGGUACCAGGACGCGCUUAAGAUUGCUGGAACCGACGAAGCAGCUAUAGGUGAAGCAGGCAAGAAGUAUUACGAGUGUGUCCAAGACCUCAGAGGCAUGCUCACCAGACUUGACUACACCGUUGGCAUUCCAAUGACCGGCUUCAAGGGAUACGCGGUCUCCGACGCCAUCAAGGACCUUCCGGUAGCGCAGAGACGAGAUGUCUGGACCAAGAUGAUGGGAGCAAAGUCAUUCAAGCAUCAAAUGGCUAUUCUUGAUGCGCAGGACAAGGCUGAGGCUGAGGAAGCGUCCAACCGACCGUCCCUGGUGGACAGUAUCAACAUCAUGAAGCAACUCACGAAGCCAGCACAUCCAAGAUUCCGUAACACCGAAAACCUGAUUGGUCACUACGAAGAGGGAAAGAGGAACCGCGACGAGACUCGACUAGUCCUCUGUGGUCCACCGAAACCACCAACUGAAGAACAGUGGAUCACAAUCCUACGGGAGCGCAUGGAUUUCUACGCAAAAAACCCACGAAACGUAGAGAUCAACCCCGACGCGUGGGGGUUCGUGUGCUACCGCCUAACAUACGACCAAACCGACGAGCAAUGGGCAACCUUCCAGGAAAAAUUCAGUAAGGAUUUCUUGCGAUCUGGUAACUGGAUCCAGGGAUUCGACAACAUUAUCAGUAAGCAUGGAAUCAAGUUCAUCGACGGCCGAGACUUUGGAAUUGCGGAAGGCGACGUGGGGGCUGCAAAACGUCAUUUCAAGAAGACGUUCACCAUGCUGCCGGCACUCGGGCGUGUGUGGACUCUAGAUUUCCUCGUUGUCGAUAAGCAGGCAUACGCGUCGCAUAUCGAUCGAUUCGAUCCUACGGCGGAAGAAGUUCGGCCUCCACCUCCAUAUGGCCCUGGCUUUGGCUGCAAUGGUGGGCAUGUUCGUCUUGUGGAUACGACGUAUGACCAGCUUUCGCAAACUAUGAUUGAUGCCCUGUCUCCUGGGUACAAAGGGGAGAUGAAGGUGUUGUCGAGUCUGCUUCUGGAGGAGCGACUCUUUCUGUCCGCCCGUCUGGCUUAUGGCCGUGCGCACGAUUGCACCCAAGGGAGGUAUAUGUGGGGACUACGGACGCUUCGCAAGAAGGUUGGUGGGAGUUUAAUCGCAUUGAUCAAGCUAUGA